AUGCUUGGCCCAUUACUACAGCCGCCUGCGGCUAUUUCACAGAACGGAAACCCAGAAACCAUAUUGAAGCAGCAACUUGAUCGAUUAGAACAAGUUGCAAAAGCUGCAGAAAUCGAUGCCUCUAGACUUUACGGUAUGGAAGUGGUCCCAUUUGCCAACGAUCCACGUGCGAUGGAGGAUGUAAAGGGGAAAGUCAAAGAAUGGCUUGUACAAAACACCAUAAGGUCUGAUCCGGAAGUUAGAGAUGCAAUGGGGACUGUAUUGAGAAGGAGGAGGACGGAUGCCCCAGCUGGUGCAAGGGGUAAUCGGUAG